AUGGCAUCGAGUGAGAGUCCGAAACGUCAGGCAAAUAAAUUGCUGGUCCCAGAGAACGUGGUAGCCCACUAUGAGCGCGCAGUUGUCUUCCGACUCGGCCGCCUUUUCUCCUCCAAUGCCCAGGGACCGGGCCUGAUCUUUCUACUCCCCUGUCUAGACAACUGCCGGGUCGUUGACCUACGUACCUUCACUUUCAACGUGCCAACCCAGGAGGUGCUCACCAAGGACUCCCUCACCGUGGCCGUCAAUGCUGUCGUCUACUAUCGUAUUCGCAAUCCGGUCUGUGCUGUGGUCAAUGUGGAGGAUGCUAACCGGUCCACCCGUCUGCUGGGUCAAACCACCCUGCGGAAUGUGCUUGGGACGGUGAAUUUGGACGAGCUGUUGACGGCUCGGGAGGACAUUGCCAUUUUAAUGCAGGGACUGCACCUAGCGGAUUUAGGUGACAGCUAUGACAAGCCUUAG